AUGUCAUCUUUUGGAUCACCUACGGGUGAAUUGAGAAAACCUAAGACAUUUUUAGGGACAAAGAGUGAGGGAAUAUAUUCUAACAGACAAUUCAAUCAGCAUCCAAAUGAUGAGACGAUGCGUUUAGCAUUUGGUCAUAAUAAAAAAUAUAUCCAAAGAUCACCAGUGAGAAGUUUAGGCUCUCCGAUGAGACUUUCUGGUAGAAAGAACCCCGCUAAAAACUUGAGCGCUGAAUACUCUGCUAAGCAGUCGCAGACACUAACGGAAUAUUAUUCGACACAAAUAGAAAAGAGGGAAAAACAGCUAUAUGAGACACUUAUGCAAAUAAAGGAUAUUUCAAACACAUUGAAUUUACUAUACAGUGAAAAGCUGCAAUUGAAAUCUGAAAGAUCAAAGCUAAAAAAGCUCCAUAAGGAUCUCCUGGUAAAAAAUUCUACAAUGGAUCAAGUUCUCAAUAGCUAUAAUGAAGAACUCAACAAUGAACUUCAAUUCGAGACAGAUAAACUUUCAAUUGAGAUUUCCAAACGAGAAGCGACAAUAAAAAAAGAGCUUUAUGAGUCGGAAAGAGAAUAUGAUCUGAAAAUUCUGAAAGUGAAAGAAUUGAAAGGCGAAAAAGUUCAAAAAGAGAUAGAUCAAUUGAACCAAGAGGUCAUUGGUCUUCAGCAGAAAUUCAAAGAAUAUCAACAUAAUGCCGAAACCAUAAUUCAAGAAAAGAAAAAUCAUCAAGAGCAGAAUUUUGAAGAAUUGACAAAAAGAUCAGAUAAUACGUUAAAUCAAAUGAGAGAACAAUUGGAUAUCAAAAGGGGCCAGCUAUCAAGCACUAGCAUCAAACUAAGCGAAACAACUGAAAAGCAUGACUCUCUACUUCGUAAUAUUGAAGUAGCUGAAGAGCAAAUCAAGAGUUUGAUGAAAAAUGAAUCAACUUCCAAAGAAAGAAACGAUCACCUAAAUGAAGAAAUAUUGAAUUUGCGUAAUAGACAUGCAAACCGACAGAAAGAGUUGGACGAUUGGGAGGUUGAAUUUGACAAGUGGAGAGUGGAAGAAGAAGAAAUCAACAGGAAACUAAAGGAGCAGAAAUACUUGAAAAGAAAAACGCAAUUUGCCGUUCAAGGUUUGUUGGAAAAGCUUUCAGUUUAUGUGAGAAUUUUGGCAGACGGCUCGAAUUCCUAUGAAGUCAAUAACCCUAAUGACGGUAUGGAAACAUUAAUCUUAAAAGAAACAUCAAGAACAUACUGUUUCUCAAAAAUCGUUCAUUCUAGUAUCGAUGAUGAUAGUUUCUGUGAAGAAUUCGACAACUUAAUGGAAGAAGGAUUGAAAUCGUUCAACAACUCCAUAAUAAUGAUAGGUGACAGAGCAUUACCAUUUCCUAACAAUGGAAAGCCUGGUGGCUUGCAGGCAAUAAUGUUAUUAUAUAAGAAUUUUGACUUUUUGAAAAGAAAUUAUUUUAUGAAAUUAAAACCAAGAGGUUGGAAUUAUGAAUUUAGUUUCCAAUUUUUGACAGUUUCUGUAUCCAAGAACAGCUUCAAAGAUAUGAUUGAAAGUAAUGCUGGUGGUGCAAAUUUUAUUAGACCUAGUGAUACUACAAUAUCAAUUGGAUCAACAGAUGUGAUUGCCAAAUCGAACGUAUUGAAGUUAUCUCUUACUGAUGACAAUUCCUCAAUAUUUGAACAGAUAGCAAGCGUCGAAAUCCCUCAAGGCAUGGUGUCUCUUUUGCUACUUCAUAUGACGGGGGAGAAUAAAGGCUUGAAUAAGUUUACUGAUUCAACGAGCUACAUUUUAGAUUUUACCACGGUAAGUGAAGAUGGAAAUAGUCUUCAAAUGGUGGUGCUGAUGUUUAAUGAAGUGCUUGACCACAUAAAACAGAAUCAUUAUCUGUCAAAGCUAUACCAAGAUAGUAUAUUUAUAAAACAACUACUUCAUUCCUUUUAUGCCAAUACCGAGUCUAUCACAAUGAUAAAUAUCGAAGAAAAACGCUUAAAUUCCAAGAAAGCUGAAGAUUUAUUACUAUUAGGAGAGAAAAUAAAUCAAACCAAGAUGCCACCAAAGAAGCGGGCAGUUAGGUCACGAUAG